CUACGCAGUUUGUUUGUUCCUUCUUACACACUUACUGCUUGUCGCACAGUAAUAAUGAAAAAGGCAAAAGUUUGGUUUCAUAAUAAAUCAAAAAGAGCGCUCAUAGUGUAUGGAGAUUCUAAGAACUGCAUUUAA